AUGUCAAAAAUGUCUACACUUUUAAAGGAAAAACAAAUCUACAGGCUUCAGCAACUCGGUGAAUGUGUGAAGAAAAGUCUAAAACGAUCAACAUCAAAAACAAUAGACGAUAUCGGAGCGAGUAGCUCUGAAAUAGAAAACUCCAGUUCAGAAGAUGAAGACGAAGAAGGUUUAGUGGAUAAUUGCAGGGACAAUGAAACAGAUGAUCAAGGUCAUUCUAGUGAAGAUAAUUGA